UUCUGGAGGGGUUUCUGAUGCCUGCAAUGUCACACCCCCAUCCCUGUCCCCCCUGCCAGCAGCAGGCCCAGGCCAACCACGUCCCUGGCACAGCACAGCCAAGGAGCAUCCUGAGCCAGGCAGUGUUUCUGCUGGUGACUCAGCAUCCUGGAAAGGGAAUUGGAAGCCUGGGCUGCUUUGUUUCCCCAGGUCAUUAUUCCAAAAUGUGAGAGCUCCACUAAUCCACAUGGAUUCUGUACCCUCUGCUCUGAGCCCUUGCGUCGCUGUCCUGGGCACUGACGUCACCCUGUCACUGCUUAAUCCAAUCUGCCUGUUUUUCAGGCAAGUGUUUAUCCAGAAGAAAGUGAUACAAACAGUACAAUUCCAAGAGUACAACCUGAACUUUUGAAGUGGCAGGAGGUCGCAGAGCUGCUGCCCAGCACACAUCUAGGUUUUUAAUCCGGUUCGGUCUUGUAUGGAAAUGACAGCCAACAUUCCCAGUUUUAGUGUCUCAGAUACAUUCCACCUAUAAAAAGUGGGCAAUGGGCAGUCUGGAAGUCAGGGAUCCCCAGCUAGGGAGGUGGCCAGGUGAGCUGGGGGUACUUGUCACUGCACCCCCCUCUCACCAAAGGGCCACUUAGCUGCUGGCAACACCUGGUGAGGAAUAUCCAGAAAGAUCUGGGAGCUUUGACCUCAUAUGUGAGCCACUGCCUCAUCUGUCUGAUCCAGGGGAUCCCAGGGAUAAGUCUGGAUCCUAUCCAUGUAGUUCUGUGUGCUGAUUUGUCCUUUGGGACAAAGAGUGCCUGUGGGUCCUCUCUUGUCACCUCAAACAUGGAGCCAGGGGGCUGAGGGGGCUCGGGCUGUGUCCCCUCCAGCACACAGGAUGGGUGGGUGGGUGCUGGGCCUUGAGGUAAGGAAUGUGUCCAAGCUUUUAGGGAAAAAGGUGGGCUCUGGUCACUGCAAACAUGCCUGGAUUCAGGAAUCCUUUUGUGAUCGCCUCGGAGCAGUCUCAGAGCAGCCUCAUAGGGAGGAGGUGGAAGGAAGCCAGGAGUCCUCAUGGGAAUAACGUUUCGUGUGACCUAAAAUGGGACCCUCCCUGUGGAGAGGGCAGAGGUGGCUGGCUCCUGCUCCCACACAGGAGUGUCCAGCUCACCUGGAACAGGUCUCCCACCUGUGGUCACCGAUUUCAUGGAGAGCUUGGCCAAAGGUAAGUGUUUGCUUUAAAAAGGAGGAGUUUUUAAUAGGUGAGCUGGUUGUCUGUGUGAGGCUGGGUGAAUCCAGGUGCCCAGCUUGGAGAUUUCUGAACCUCAGCCUGAUCCAAUCCUGUCAGGAACAGUCCUGGGGGUCACUUUUGCCCAGAGUCUGGAGUGGUGAGCCCUGAGGUGCCCUGCAGGAAGGUGCUAGGUCCUGGGCUGUCCUGUAGAGGGACAUCCUGCCACGUCCCUGGGGAUGCAGGGGAGCUUUGGGAAGUGGGGAAGGACCAUGGCCUGCUCUUUUCCAGCUGUACCCAGAGGAAGAGCCAGGAAGCCUCAUGGAAAGGAGCCUUGGCUGCAGGAGGAGGCAGCUCUCCCACCCAGGAAGCAUUUUUGGUGCAGUCAAAACUUGCUACAUUUUCUCCCUGAAAAUGAACUUCCUACCAGGAAGAUCAUGGGGGCAUCUCCUAGUGCUGCCCCCCUUGCAUCUUUAUAGAGCAGGGAGCCUGGCCCUGUGGCUGGAUAUGAGUGUUCCUGGGAAUUACAGGUCCUGGAAUGUCACACUGGUCCGUGGCCUCUGACCCCACCUUUUCUGUUUGUGUGGGUGUUUUUUCCUCACAAAAUCACAAUUACUUCAUUUUCUCCAAUCAAAAGUGUUUCUCCUGCUGUCUGAAAUUGCUCCUUGUUGUCCUAGAAGUCACCUGAUGUUAAGGUGAGGUGGCUGAAGCCAUGGAUAUGAAGGCGGGGAAAGGGAAGAUCCCACAGGAGGGUGUGAAGGCACAGUCUUUCCAAUGGUCCUGGUGUGGUGGGCAUGGAGCCAAACUGUCCAAGGGGCUUUUGGGGCCAGAUCCCAAAAGAUUCCACUUUCUGCUGCAGAGGGAGAGGAUCUGAUGGUUUUUCUUAGGAACAUCCACAGCCAAGACCUUGCUGGACAGCCCCAGGUGUCCCUAUGGCCAGGAGGGACACACACCUGGAAGCUGUUUGGGACAAGGGAGAACCCAAGGAUUCAGCUUUAGGAUGGUGAGGCAGAGAGCACAAGGGGCUCUGCACCUUUGGGGGACAAGGGGAGGGGACAUGGGAGCCCGUGGAGAGAAGCACUCGUCAGGGUCCGUGGGGAGGAGCAGCUGGAGAUGCAGAGAUGUGGAUGGACCGGGGAGUCCCUGGGAAGUGGGAUUUGGGAAAGCCUGGUAUGGCGAAGCACACAGCAGAGGGUCUCUGGUACGGGAGGAGGGAUUUGGCAUUGUUCCUCCUCACUCCUGGCUGGGAUUUGAUUUGGGGUGCGUUCACAGGGGUUUGGGGUGAAUUUCGUUGGGUUGUUUUGGGGUUUUUUUGGGUUUGUUUUGUUUUGUUUUGUUUUGUUUUGUUUUUAUGGCAACUUCCUCCGGAAAGCUGGGAGCCUGUCAGGCAAACCAGAGAGACCCCCGGGGUGGGCAGGCUCUGCCGGGGGGUUCGGGCUGGGCUGAGCCAAGCCCGGGGAGGCGCAGAGACCGCCCAGCUCAUGGCACGGAUGAGCUGCAGCUCCGCCCCGGGCUGGGCUGGGCGAGGGAGCGGAGCCGCUCCCGGUCCCGCACCGCCGGGAAGCAUCCCGGCUCUGGGGGGGACAUCCCGGAUCCCGGGGCUGGGCUCUGGAGCCGCAGGGACCCCCGGGCAGCGGCGGGGGGGCUCUGCCCGGUCCCCGCGGCCGGGAAGCAUCCCGGGGUUGGGGAGUCCCGUGGAUCCCGGGGCUGAGCUCGGGGACCCUCGGGCGGUGCGGGGGGCUCUGCCCGGUCCCCACCGCCGGCCGGGCGGGCCACGGGGGUCGCAGGGCCCCCCCUCCCCCCUGGGAGUGGACACAGCUCGGCGGAUGCCGGGGCCGCCCGGGGGUCCCCGCGCUCCCCGCGGAUCCCUGAGGAUUUGUACCUGUCCAGGCUGUCCCGCUCGCAGGGAGUGUUUGCCAUGGACACUGGGCACGUAAGCAGAUCCCGCUUCAGUGUGGCCUCCAGCCCGCCGCGGUGGGAGAUCGGGCUCUACGCCGCCGGCGCCUUGGCGCUGCUGGGAAUCGCGGCCAUCAACCUGUGGAAGCUCUGGCGCUCCGGGAGCUACCCGGCCCCUUCCCCCUUCCCCAACUAUGACUACCGGUACCUGGAGCAGAAGUACGGAGCGGCGUGCCCGGACAUCAGGAACAAGCGAGGGCUGGCCCCGGGCUCGCAGCGGGCUCCAGGUCGGAGCUCUUCGUCCCGCAAGAGCAGCCUGAGGGCAGAGGACACUUUGGAGAGCAUCCAGGAGCUGGGCAGCCUGGAGCUGAUGGGCAGAGACCUGGGCCUGGCCCACUACGGCCCCCUGCGGAAAUCCAUCUCGGCCGACUCCCUCAACUCCAUCUCGUCCAUCGGGAACAACUUCGGGCAGGAUUUCACGGUGGGGCAGGUGGAGGUGUCCAUGGAGUACGACGGGAGGGCGGCCGCCCUGCACGUGACGCUGCUGCAGGGCAAGGACCUGCUGGAGAAGGAGGAUGCGCGCUUCGAGUCCUGCUUCAUGCGCAUCAGCCUCCUCCCGGCCGAGCAGAUCGUCGGCAUCUCCCGGAUCCAGAGGAGCGCCUACUCCGUGGCCUUUGACGAGCGUUUCUCGGUGCCGCUGGAUCCGGCGGCGCUGGAGGAGAACAGCCUGCGCUUCUCCGUCUUCGGCAUCGACGAGGACGAGCGGAGCGUCAGCACCGGCGUGGCCGAGCUCAAGCUCUCCGACCUGGACCUGGCCACGCGCCCCUUCAACGCCUGGCUCUACCUGCAGGACACCAACAAGGCGGUGGACACGGUGGGGGAGAUCCUGCUCUCCCUGAGUUACCUGCCCACGGCCGAGCGGCUCACGGUGGUGGUGGUCAAAGCCAAGAACCUCGUGUGGAGCAAUGGGAAGGUGACUGCAGAUCCCUUCGUCAAGGUGUACCUGCUGCAGGACGGGAGGAAGAUCAGCAAGAAGAAGACAGCAGUGAAGAGGGGAGACACCAACCCCGUGUUCAACGAGGCCAUGAUCUUCUCUGUGCCGGCCAUCGUGCUCCAGGAGCUGUCCCUGCGUGUGACGGUGGCCGAGAGCGGCGAGGACGGGCGCGGUGACAACACGGGCCACGUGCUCAUCGGGCCCGCGGCCAGCGGCAUGGGCACCACGCACUGGAACCAGAUGCUGGCCACGCUCCGCAAGCCCGUCUCCAUGUGGCACCCGCUCCGCAGGAAUUAG